AUGGAUCUGCUGGAAGACUUUGACAACGACCCUCCAUUGCGUGGCUGGUCCAUGAAGCGCGGCCACCGCAAGCGCUUGGAAGCAGCACGCUGCCGGAAAGGGCGUGACAAGGAUGUUGGACUUGGCCGCUCAGUGGUCAAGCGCAGUGUCCACUCCGGCACUCGCAGAUGGGGUGAUCCAGACUACUGGGGCAAGUAUGGAAGUGACUACCUGCCGCAGACCCGCAGGAACAACUUGAGACGCCGCAUGUAUGAAGAGGUCUUUGAGGUCGAGGAGAUGCUGACAGAGUGCGAUUGCCUGACCGAUGAGGAGCAUGAAGAUGUCCCUGCCCUGACUCUGGAAUGCUGGCUGGAUGUGGAGAUGCAGAAGUUGGAUGACCUCGAGGUCGCAUCCACAUGCACGUCCACAACGGCUGAUGUCGACUACGCAUCCACCGUCUCCGACUUUCUGUCCUGCUCUGAGGCCUCCGCUGCCCCUUGCGUCGCGGAUGUCCCGCCCCUCUUGUGGCAGGCAGCGCUGAUCCGCGCAGAGCUCAGCGCCAUCCAAUACCGACUUCGAGAAGACACCAAGACGGUGCCCGAUCUCAAGACGGAAAAGCUCGAAGAGAAGCCAAAGAGCGAGGAUGAGAAGUUCUUUGAUGAGUUGGCCCGUACACAUCAGGUUCAUGUCGAAUAUGAUGAAAAGAGUCUGUCAGACUCAGCAUCUCGCUUCGAGAAGAUGCGGUGGCAAUUCUUGAAAGAAUUUGGGCACUCCAUCUGUAGACCUGUUGCAGAAGGCUAUGGAACCACAUGGACCCUGAAGCCUACGCCGCUCAACGAGAGCGUACAGCAGAAAUUUCUGGAUGCAUGCAGUUGUUCGGAGAAGGAGGAGCUGCAACCAGCACUGCAUGGCACAAGCCAGGCGAACCUUUCCUCCAUUUAUGCUCGAGGCCUACUUAUUCCUGGCAAGCAGAAUGGCAUCAAGGUUGUUCAUGGGGCCGUGCAUGGAGUGGGCAUCUACACUGCUUAUGUUCACCAUGCAAGCCUAUCUUUCGGAUACUCGUCUGGCAGCUUGAGACCCCUGCUAGUGUGUGGUGUGCUUGACAAGAAGAAGGGAGACAGCUUCACUGGCUGGGCGGGAGAUGUGGCCUAUGUUGACCGCGCCCGCAUUUUCUUCAAGGAAGAGUUGGUGGCACCCCUGUUCGAGGCAACGGCUUCGUGCAGUGCAGCUAUUGGUGCUACGGUUGUUCCAUCUCGCCCUCCAGCACCGGGGCCCAUCAAGCGAAAGACCAUUCGCCCCGAGUGGGUGGUGGUGAAGAAGCCCAAGGGACCCGGGCCGCGGACACGGCUAAGGAGAGCAGCUACUAACCUGCACUCUGCGCUGAGGUUUCUCACCCGGCGCGCAGCGCGCAAGCGGCAAGCAUGA